AUGCUGGCCGAACUCCCGACGGAACUGCUGAGAGAGGUUGUCAGUCAUGUGAACCGCGUCGACCAGAAGAGCCUCUGUGAGGUUUGCAAGUAUCUUUGCGAUGCCAUGAGUCCACUGCUGUACAACUCUCUAACGAUCUCGACGACACCAUUAUCGAUUGAUGGCAUAGUUUCCAGGAUUGAACGGAUACCGCUCAAAUGGCUGAAAUAUACCAAGGAUAUAUGUCUUCGCUCUGUUAGCUACAAGGACCGUCUACAACGCUGCAUUUAUCCGCCCUACGAUCCCGCAUCAGAUCCACAAGGUAUCAUUGACCUCGAUCCAUCCAGCAACUUGAUGGUGGCCUUGGAGAUCCUACUCUCGGCUGUACCUAAGGAUGGCCUACGUGCGUUCAGAUGGGAGCUUGGUACAUGCAUACCCAAGGGCCUUCUCUCCGGUGACGGUGGCCCACUAGCCAACCAACAGUGGAUUGAAACGCUUUCCCUUAGAACAGGCUUAUGUGAUGGAGGUAUACCGAUGCAGUACACUGUGGAUUUCGGUCGAUUCCGGCACCUACAAUCCAUCUCUUGGGAUGAGAUGUUUGCAUAUGACACCUAUGAGUCUAUUAGAAAGUGCAUUGCCGUAAACAAGGAGAUCAAGGCCUGGGACCUAGGUCUGGCGUCUUCUUUAUGGCGCAGCAUUAUCCCCCCAUCACAGAAAGAUUUCCGCUUUAGCUUCUUCAUAGAGAAGGUGUUGGAGCUUCAGCCAGGAAUGCAGAAACGAUGUUUCCCUUCUCUCGAAUCACUAUGCUUUCGAGACCUGCCCCUUCGUGGCAUGGAGGCAGAGCUGGCAUACACACUACAGGUGGAGCGUCUGCGUACCUUGAAGCUCUGUUACUGCGCCGGAUCUGUUACUUUUCUGGGAGUUCUUGCGGAGUCCAAGUCGGACCUGAGACUGACAACUCUAGAGGUAUCCUUCUACAAUGUGCAUCCCCGAUAUGAGUUCGAGCCGUUUAAACAUCUCUCCGUGAUUCUUGCAAGAUUCCUUGGGGGAUUCCAAGGCUUAGAGAAUCUAUACCUUAGGCUUCCACAUCUCUUUCUGUAA